GGACGAGGCCCGGCGGGGACAGAGGAAGCGGAGCGGGAAGCAGCACAAUCCCGACGCUCUGCUAGGCGUGGGGCACGCCGGCCCUGCCCAGGCCUCAGGGAGGCCCCUCAUCAGCUCAAGGGCGGGAGGCGGCCUUCAAAAGGGCGCCUUAUUCCGGCUGUCCCCGGCCCUAGCUGGGCCGCCCCGUCACCUGGACAGAGGGCGGCGGAAGCUGCCCGCCCCAGGUGCUCGGCGGCCCCAGGGCAGGUCUGGGCAAGCGCCGCCUCUGGUCUCCGGAGCAGGUGUCCCGACCCUGCGGCCCGACAUUCCUGCCCCGUCCCUUCCCCCGACCCGGGCCGCGCUCUGGCUGCUCCUGUGAUCCGGAGCCCGAGCUCCCCUCCCCGGCGGAGGAGAUGGGGAGGAGCGCCGGCUCGGGGCAGGUGGCGGGACCCGGCCUGGGGGCUCCUGCUGCCGGCCCACGCCGCCUGAACCCCCUGACGGGCGGCCUUCGGGGCCCGCCGCGCGCGAAGGGGCCCCGCGUCCGCCCAGGUGCCAGCUCCUGCACGUGGCCAUCGUGUGCGCAGGACUCAACUCCAGCCGAGAGGUCGUCACCCUGGUGAAGUCCAUGCUCUUCUACAGGAAAAAUCCGCUGCACCUGCACCUGGUGACCGAUGCAGUGGCCAGGAGCAUCCUGGAGACGCUCUUCCGAACGUGGAUGGUGCCGGCCCUCGGGGUCAGCUUCUAUGAUGCCGACCAGCCCAAGCCUCAGAUCUCCUGGAUCCCCAACAAGCACUACUCUGGCCUCUAUGGGCUGAUGAAGCUAGUGCUGCCCGGCAUCCUGCCCCCGGGCUUGGCCCAAGUCAUUGUCCUGGACACAGAUGUCACCUUCGCCUCUGACAUCGCGGAGCUCUGGGCGCUCUUUGCUUACUUUUCUGACAAGCAGGUGAUCGGGCUCGUGGAGAACCAGAGCGACUGGUACCUGGGCAACCUCUGGAAGAACCACAGGCCCUGGCCUGCCUUGGGCCGGGGAUUUAACACAGGUGUGAUCUUGCUGUGGCUGGACCGCCUUCGGCGAGCAGGCUGGGAGCAGAUGUGGCAGCUGACAGCGCGGCGGGAGCUCCUGACCCAUCCUGCCACCUCCCUGGCCGACCAGGACAUCUUCAAUGCCGUCAUCAAGGAGCACCCGGGGCUGGUGCAGCCCCUGCCCUGUGUCUGGAAUGUCCAGCUGUCAGACCACACGCUGGCCGAGCUCUGCUACUUGGAGGCAGCCGACCUCAAGGUGAUCCACUGGAACUCACCAAAGAAGCUGCGGGUAAAAAACAAACAUGCAGAAUUCUUCCGCAACUUGUACCUGACCUUCCUGGGGUACGACGGGAACCUGCUACGUCGAGAGCUCUUUGGGUGCCCGAGCCAGCCCCCAACUGGGGCUGAGCAGUUGCAGCAGAGCCUGGCCCAGCUCGACGAGGAAGACGCCUGCUUUGAGUUCCGGCAGCAGCAGCUCACCGUGCACCGUGUGCACAUCACCUUCCUGCCCCACAAGCCGCCACCUCCCCGGCCUCACGAUGUCACCCUGGUGGCCCAGCUUUCCAUGGACCGGCUGCAGAUGCUCGAAGCCCUGUGCAGGCACUGGCCGGGCCCCAUGAGCCUGGCCUUGUACCUCACAGACGCAGAGGCCCAGCAGUUCCUGCAUUUCGUCGAGGCCUCGCCGGUGCUGUCUGCCCGGCAGGAUGUGGCCUACCAUGUGGUGUACCGUGAGGGUCCCCUGUACCCUGUCAACCAGCUCCGCAACGUGGCCUUGGCGCAGGCACUCACGCCUUACGUCUUCCUCAGCGACAUCGACUUCCUGCCUGCCUACUCCCUCUACGACUACCUCAGGGCCUCCAUCGAGCAGCUGGGGCUGGGCAGCCUGCGCAAGGCCGCUCUGGUGGUGCCGGCGUUCGAGACCCUGCGCUACCGCCUCAGCUUCCCCAGGUCCAAGGCUGAGCUGCUGGCCUUGCUGGACGCUGGUGCCCUCUCCACCUUCAGGUACCACGAGUGGCCACGGGGUCACGCGGCCACGGACUACGCCAGCUGGCGGGAGGCUCAGGCGCCAUACCGCGUGCAGUGGGCAGCCGACUACGAGCCCUAUGUGGUGGUGCCACGCGACUGUCCCCGCUACGACCCUCGCUUUGUGGGCUUCGGCUGGAACAAGGUGGCCCACAUCAUGGAGCUGGACGCACAGGAGUAUGAGCUCCUGGUGCUGCCCGAGGCCUUCACCAUCCACCUGCCCCACACACCAAGCCUGGACAUCUCCCGCUUCCGCUCCAGCCCUGCCUAUCGCGCCUGCCUGCAGGCCCUCAAGGAGGAGUUCCACCAGGACCUGUCCCGCCGCUACGGGGCCGCUGCCCUCAAAUACCUCACGGCCCUGCAGCGGCCCAGGAGCCCCGUCUGAGCCGCUGUCGGCUGGACCUGUGCCACCCCUUCACCGGGCUCAGCUCACACGCGGCCUGCAGACACCGGGCACCCUCCCACUGCCACCCUCCCACCUUCACAGCUAUUUAAGUUAUUUAAGGUCUCUGUGGGUGGGCCUGGGGCCUCCCCUGCUGCCUUCGUGCCACAGCUGGGAUCCAGCCUCCUGUUGCCCCAGCUGGUUUGGGGCCGGCUUCCCCACCCUCCCUCCUGCACAUUCCUUUUUGAUAAUUAAAGUUUUGAAGUGA